AUGUUGAUUUUCAUAGGCUGGUGCCGCACGGGAACAGAGACAGUUGUUGUUGACGUGAAGGAGUGCGAGGCAGCAGGCAGCAGAUGCCACCCACACGCUGACUGUCUGUGGGUCAGAGGCAACCACACCUGUGCAUGCCGUAUGGGCUACCAAGGAGAUGGUCUGCUGUGCAGUGACCUCGAUGAAUGUCUGAGUCGCCUGUACAGCUGUCACCCAAAGGCCCAGUGCAACAACACCCUCGGCAGCUACAGCUGUGUUUGCCUCGACGGGUAUGUUGGAGAUGGCACCAGUUGCGAGGAUAUUGACGAGUGUCAAAAAGAAAACGGAGGCUGCCAUCCCAAUGCUCUGUGCACCAAUUUCGACGGAGGACGACGUUGUCAGUGUAAAAUCGGCUUUACGGGAAACGGAUUCCAGUGUAUGGAUAUAAAUGAGUGCACGAACCAACGGAUCUGCCACUGGAACGCAACUUGCACCAACAAUCCUGGAUCUUAUGUGUGCACUUGUAACUCUGGGUACAAGGGGAAUGGGAACUACUUGUGUCUUGACAUUGAUGAAUGCUCCGAAACGCCACGGGUGUGUUCUUCCUCAGUUGGUUACAGAGGCUGUUUAAAUCUGCCCGGCUCCUACCGCUGCAUAUGUAGCAAUGGCUUUGAAAGUAACGGACAGAACUGUGUAGAUAUCAAUGAAUGCACAAACAACAUAUGCAGCCCAUUUGCAGAAUGUAGAAAUAUAAUUGGCUCAUAUGACUGUAGCUGCAAAAGUGGGUUUGUUGGAAACGGGCUGAGGUGUGCAGAUAUAAAUGAAUGCGCAGAAAACAACGAAUGCCACCCCAGUGCUGCGUGCAUCAACAGGCUGGGCAGCUAUGAGUGCUCCUGUCUGGUCGGUUUUCUUGGAGAUGGCCGACUGUGCGAAGACAUUGAUGAGUGUGCGCAACCUGACAUCUGUCCAUCUACCACUACGUGUGUCAACACCGGUGGGUCAUAUUACUGCGACUGUGGGAGUGGGUUCAUCUUUAACAAUACCGAGUGCAAUGACCUCAAUGAGUGUGAGACGGGGCGCUGCAGUCCUGACGCCGCCUGCACAAAUUCGCCCGGUUCCUUUUCUUGCCAGUGCCUGACAGGCUACAGGGGAGAUGGUUUCACCUGUCAGGACAUAAAUGAAUGCUCCUUGGCUUCACGGUGCCACUCCAAUGCCCGUUGCGUUAACCUUCCCGGCUCCUACCAAUGCACUUGCAAUGUGGGUUAUUCUGGAGACGGGGAAACCCAGUGCGAUGACAUAAACGAGUGUCUGGUGGACAAUGGAGGCUGCAGAAACAAAGCAACCUGUGUCAACAAUCGAGGUUCUUUCUCGUGCCUGUGCCCACCCGGUUUCAACUUGAUCAAUCGGACUCUUUGCCAAGACAUAAAUGAGUGUGAGGAAUUAAGAAAUCCAUGUGGAGUGAACGAAGAGUGUAAAAACAUUGAUGGGUCUUAUGAGUGUCCCUGCCAGGUCGGGUACUAUCGUCCUGCCAGCAACAUGGGCUGCGUUGACAUGGAUGAGUGUAAAGAAAACCCCUGCCAUGUCAACGCCACGUGUCUGAACACCAUCGGGUCACACACUUGCACCUGCAAGCGAGGCUUUACCGGAAACGGCACUCGAUGUGCAGAUGUAGAUGAGUGUGCCGCGAAGGGAACAUGCCACGCAAGAGCCGUAUGCAGCAACUUUAUAGGGACGUUCUUCUGCUCUUGUCAGCGAGGUUUUAGAGGCGAUGGCUUUUCCUGCCAGGAUGUGGAUGAGUGCUCAUACUCUAACACCACCUGCCCUGCUUUUUCAAAGUGUGUCAACUCGCCUGGUGCUCAUGUUUGCUCGUGUUUAAACGGCACAGUGGCUUUGAAUGACACCUGCGUGCCACCUCCACUUCUGUGUGAUCCUCCAUGCCAUAGUAGGGGCCUUUGCCACCACUCAGCAGCUGGAUACCAAUGUGUGUGUGACCUGGGUUACGUAGGUGAUGGACUAACUUGUUCUGACGUAGAUGAGUGCCAGAUGGAAAAUGCCUGUCCUGAAAAUGACACCGCUUGUGUGAAUGUUCCUGGAUCAUUUUCCUGUGUCUGCAAACAAGGAUUCACCCUGAAUGGAACGCAUUGUGUCGAUGUGGACGAGUGUGACACUGGGCAGCACGAAUGCAGUGAGUUUGCCCAGUGCGUUAACAUGAAGGGUAACCAUUCCUGCUUCUGUUUAAGCGGUUUCACGGGUGAUGGGAAAAAUUGCUCUGACUUUGAUGAAUGCCAAGCCCAAAACGGAGGGUGCCACCCAGUUUCCAGCUGCAUAAACAUGCCCGGAUCUUUCUCCUGUGUCUGCCCAAGCGGCAUGGAGGGUGACGGCUUUGACUGCCAAGAUGUAGACGAAUGCGAGCAGAACUCUUCCCUGCCACACAACUGUAGCGUCCACGCUUUGUGUCUGAACUCUAAUGGGUCCUACUCCUGUCAGUGCAAGGAUGGAUACCAGGGGGACGGUUUUGUCUGCAGUGACGUGGAUGAAUGUGAACUACCCGCAGCUUGCAGCCGAAACAUGACGUGCAGCAACGUUCCUGGUUCCUACAGCUGCCACUGUAUGUUGGGAAGGGUAUAUGAGGAGGGCACAUGUGUGAGUGAAGACACCUGCGUAAAUGCGAGUAGCAGUUGUCACCCUCUCGCGGAGUGCCACCCACGCCAGGGUUCGUUCUACUGUGGAUGCACGGAUGGUUACGAAGGAAAUGGCACUGACUGCUGGGAUGUGGACGAAUGCGCCCAAUCACAAGAUAAAGUCUGUUCUGCUUUCUCCUACUGCCUAAACACAAAUGGCUCUUACAUCUGCAACUGUUGGGAAGGUUUUCAAGACAAUGGGACUCUCUGUCAAGACAUUGAUGAGUGUGGGACCGGAAAUUUCACCUGCCCUGAAAACAGUUCCUGCACUAAUCUAGACGGGGGGUAUGAAUGUAUCUGUGAGCCGGGGUUUGAAGGCAACAGCUCCCUGUGUAUGGACAUUGAUGAGUGCUCCCUGGGCCUCAUCCAGUGUUCUAAUUUUUCCAGCUGUAUCAACACAGUUGGCUCUGCCAUUUGUGAGUGUUGGGAAGGUUACCAAUUUAAUAGCAUUGACUGUGAGGAUAUCAAUGAAUGCCUUGAUAACUCUACCUGUCCUGAGCAUAGCAGAUGUGUGAAUGCCAAUGGAGACUACCAGUGUAUUUGUGACACAGGGUUUUCAAACGUCAGUGACUUGUGUGUGGAUAUCGAUGAAUGCAUUGACAAGGAGCUGGGGGAGCUCUGCACAAAUGGGACAUGUAUGAAUGCUGUUGGCUCAUAUUACUGUGAAUGUGACACGGGAUUCUGGAAUAACAGGACACAGUGUGAAGACAUAGACGAAUGCUCAAACUCCCACAACUCUUCAGUGUGCCAGCCGAAUUCCACGUGUGUGAAUAUCGUGGGGUCAUACGAUUGCCUUUGCAAUGCAGGCUUUUUUCUAAAUGGUACAGAGUGUCUGGAUGUAGAUGAGUGUGAUAACCCAGAUGCCAAACUUUGCCAAAAGCAUUCAAUAUGUUACAACACAGUAGGGUCUUUUAUCUGUCUGUGCUCUUCUGGUUACGAACCCAUCAACUCGUACUGUGAGGAUAUUGACGAAUGUGAGUACAACACCACCUGCCGCUAUGACCAGGUGUGUACAAACCUGCCCGGAGCGUACAACUGUUCUUGCCCAAAGGGGUACCAUGAAGAGCAGGGGGCUUGCGUUGAUAUCAAUGAAUGUGAGAGUUCUCCUUGCCACCACCUGGCACGGUGCUGGAACACACUUGGUUCCUUUUCAUGCCACUGCCAACUUGGCUUUGGUGGAAACGGCUCCUGGUGCGAAGAUGUUGAUGAGUGCUUCGCCCUGACCAAUCCCUGCCACCCUCUGGCCCAAUGUCACAACACUCCAGGAUCAUUUGUGUGUGUGUGUAGGCCAGGAUUCAUGAGUGUUGGGUCAAUUUGCGUAGACAUUGAUGAAUGCCAGCAGGGCAGGAGGCAUUGUCACUCUUCUGCUACCUGCAUCAACCAUGUGGGAGGUUUCAAAUGCUCAUGCAAUCGUGGAUGGAAACCUUCUGAAGAUAACGGUCAUGGAAAAGAUGGAUGCGUUGACCUGGAUGAGUGUGUGUCUCCCACACGAUGUCCCCAGCAUUCAUCGUGCAUUAACCUACAAGGGACUUAUGCCUGUUCGUGUCCAGAAAACAACACAGUGUGCAGAAUUUUAUCUCAAACGGAAAGCACUCUCUACCCAUUUGGAGCAGAGGCUGGAGACAAAGAUGUUGUAAUAGACACAGAAGAUGGCAAUUCUCCAUACAUCACUCCACCCGUGGGCUUUCCGUUCAUGGGGAAAAUGUACAACCGGAUCUAUUUUUCUGAUAAUGGCCUUGUCCAUUUUCAAUCUGUAGCUGAGAAUGAGCAGUAUCUGCUCCCGUCUCCUUCCUCUAGCGGUUUUCCUGAUGACAUGAAUCUGGCACUGUUGGCCGUCUUCUGGGAUGAUGCCGACCUCACCCAAGGGAAUGGCAAGCUUCAUUAUCAGAUAGUGUUCAAUCGCACUGCAGAAGAAGUGACAAAGUUCGCCAGCUUGAGAAGAAAACCAGCUUUUUCUCCCACGUGGAUCCUCAAGAUCACAUGGGACCACGUCAUGCCCGUCUGCUACCAGAGGGUCAACUUCUCAGAGACUAAUACUUUCCAGUGUAUUCUGACUACGGAUGGAGAACGGUCCUUUGCCCUUCUGAGGUUUGGGGAAAUGCGCUGGGGCCCCGGCUUGAGGCAGUACCAUGAUGCUCUAAUUGGGUACACGGAUGGAAAAUCUUCUGUAAAGGAGACCACUGAUCCCCCAGAAAACCUUUUCGGGCCAGGGGGCAGAUACAGGCCUCAGGAAAAAACAGGAACUCUGGGGAAAUUAGGCCAGCUGGUGUACGAUUUGUCGGGCCCCGUCGGGUCGGACGUUGAUCCCGGGCUAAAGUGCCAGGCCUGGGCGAUGAGGGAACCCCACCCCGCCGAGUGGAUGAUGACCCAGUCUUCCUGCCCCUGCACACGCACACAGGCCCUGGAGGACCUGUCGUUCCUGCAGGACGUCACCGAUCCGGGUCCCACGGCGACGAAGCUGAGGGGUCAGCGGUGGGGGGAUUCUGCGGGGCAUGUCUUCAGAUCGCUCCUGUCCAACGGGCACGGAGCAGGGAAGAGGUGUGUGUACGAACCGGACGGACCCCUGGUGGCUGGGUACAACGAACGCUACUACUCCGGUCGCACCGUCCAGGAACACAUUGAUGAAGAUCUCCUGCCGUUUCAGUGGUGCUGUAUCGAGUCUCCUUUGUGCCAGCUUUACCUCAGCAAGAGGCCCAUGGACCGCUGCCAAGGCUACAGCUGGCUCAGCCCAGAUGGCUCUCUGCUAUCCAAGAAGGCAACUCAGGGCACCGCAAUGGUGUAUGGCAGCCUCCAUUUCAUCACCUUUGAUGGGACGGAGUACUCCUUCAAGGCCCUGGGAGAGUUUGUGAUUUUGCGUCUCUCAUCUGCCUCCGGCUCCAAUAUCUUCACCCUUCAAGGACAGAUUGACAAGCUACACUCAGACACAAGGGGAAUCAUUGAAGUCCCAGUAGUGGCGCGCAUGGCUGCUUUCCACCAAGGCAUUGGCAAGAUCGAAUGGAGGUGUUCAGAGACAAGUGGUGGACUGCAGAUUUAUGUGGAUGACGCUGAGGUUGCAGUCCGAGUCGGUGUUGUGUUCAUGGGCAGGAGGGACUUUGCCGUGCGCUGUGAAUCGGUGAGCCGCUGUGCCGCCGUGUACGCCGGCGGCGUCCAUGUGGUGGUGUGGCGAACCGUUGGCUGCAAUCAGUUGGCGGGCAUGGUCGAGGUUCCUCAGACCUUUUACAAUCGCACGGUGGGACUCAUGGGUCUCUGGAGCACCAGCGGCGCCGACGACUUCCUCAUGUCGGACGGAAGGGUCCUCCCAUCCGAAGGCCUCAACCCCCCCGCCGAGGAGCGGCUGCAUCUCUUCGGCAUGUCCUGGGCGGUCCCAGGACCAGAGAGCCUGUUGUUCUCUGCGCCUCCGCGGGUUCCACUGGCAUCCGCGUCCACCCAGGUCCUGCUGGAGGGCUUCAGUCCUGCUGAGGUGGAGGAGAAGAAGAGAAUCUGCCAAGGCGACAUGCAGUGCGUCCACGACACGCUCGCGUCCGGCAUCUCCGACCUGGGUCAGCAGACCCUGGGCGCCAAGACGAAAUUCCAAAAUCUGGCUGUGGUUUUCGGUAACGCGCCUCCAUUAGUGACGGGCCCCUCGGCGAUCCACUGUGAGGUCGGCUCUCAGGUCAACGUUCAGAUUGUUGCUCAAGACCCCAACGAUGACCCCGUCACCUACUCGUUGCUUUUGCCCCGGCCUCCGGGGGCUUCUGUUGGCAGUGGUGACGGCUACCUGACAUGGACGCCAUUCAGCACACAGCCUGUCCAGCUCACCAUCAAGGUGAGCGAUAAACUCACCAGCUCCCUGUUCACCCCCAUGCUGCGCGUCUGCAACUGCCUCAACGGAGGAACCUGCCUGUACGACAGCGUUGUAGAAAACCACCUGCAGGGAAAGUUCCAGGUGGUGGGCUGCCUGUGCCCAAACGGAUACAGCGGAAAGUUCUGCGGGAACACGACAGACCUUUGCCGAGGAAAACCUUGUUUCCGAGGGGUGACGUGCCAGUCAAAUUCAAAUUCGAAACUCGGCCAGUUCACCUGUGGAGAAUGUCCCCUCAAUACAGUCUCCAGCGGCAAGGAGGGAUACAAAUGCUUCGAACGAGACAUGUGCCGGCCUCCUUUCCCCUUCCCCUGCCACAAAGACGCAGACUGCUACAGCACCAAACUGAACUACACGUGCACGUGUAAGCCCGGGUUCACGGGAGACGGCCACAACUGCACAGAUACCGACGAGUGCGCGGCCCUCAUGCCCUGUGAAAACGCCAAAUACGAGUGCAAGAACACACGCGGCUCCUUCGAAUGCCUCUGUAGAUACGAAGACAUCGAGGACCUCAAAGGAUGUGGUGACUCCCCCAAUCCUCCAGGAUACAACGUCUUCAACGUCUCCGUGGGCUGGAGGAACAACAGAGCCGAUGGGCUCAAACAGCUGGAUGACAUCCUGAGUAAGGGUUUCAGAAAUAAAUUCUACAACAUCAGCAAGUGGGAACGGGGAGAGGGAUCCAAACCGGGUGUGGGCGAAUAUCGCGUGGGAGUGUCCACUGACACACCUCACUGGUACAUCAGAGACUAUCUGGCCAGAGUCAGCAGCCACUACGACAUCAGGGAUUUGGAAGUUGACGAUCUGGAUGAGUGUAAGUCCAAGGAGGCGGCGUGUGUGUACCCUGCCCUGUGCGCCAACACCUAUGGGGGCUACCGGUGUGUUUGCAAUGGCACGACGGAUGUGAGUGAAAAGCAGUCCUGUGUAAUAGACAGAGGAAAAGAGACCAACUCAGAGGUGGACCUGGUCCUGGGUCUGGUUCUGGGCAUCGGCAUCCCCCUGCUCCUCCUGCUGCUUUUGGCCGCCCUGGCCUGCCUCUGCUGCCGCAAGAAGACCAUCACCGGAGACAUUCCCCACUUGUUGCCGGACUACAUCCAGGAACAGAACAACCCUCCCCCUUUCAACUUCUCUGACCCGGCCCUGCGCUACAUGACCCACUGCAGCCCUCGGAUCAUCGAUAACGUCAAACCCAGGCAGCGCCUCAGAUAG